AUGCGCCUGGAUAAAAAAGUUUUGGGUAAGAAGGACCCAUGCUCACAUCAGUCACUCGGGCACCAGGCUAUUCCCCAAGAUAAAUGUGGCGGUACCAUAAAAAUUGAAAGUCCCGGGUACCUGACAUCUCCCGGUUAUCCUCAUUCCUAUCACCCAAGUGAGAAAUGUGAGUGGUUGAUUCAGGCUCCGGACCCGUACCAGAGAAUCAUGAUCAACUUCAACCCGCACUUUGAUUUGGAGGACAGAGAUUGCAAGUAUGACUACGUGGAGGUCAUCGAUGGAGAAAAUGAAAAUGGACGUCUAUGGGGAAAGUUUUGUGGGAAAAUUGCCCCUUCCCCUGUAGUGUCUUCAGGACCAUUUCUUUUCAUCAAAUUUGUCUCUGACUAUGAAACACAUGGUGCAGGAUUUUCCAUUCGAUAUGAAAUUUUCAAGAGAGGUCCUGAAUGUUCCCAGAACUACACAGCAUCUACUGGAGUGAUAAAGUCCCCCGGAUUCCCUGAAAAAUAUCCCAACAGCCUUGAAUGUACUUAUAUUAUCUUUGCACCAAAGAUGUCCGAGAUUAUCCUGGAAUUUGAAAGCUUUGACCUGGAGCUUGACUCAAAUAAUCCUCUGGGGAUGGCUUGUCGCUACGACCGGCUAGAAUUCUGGGACGGAUUCCCUGGGGUUGGCCCUCACAUCGGGCGUUUCUGUGGACAGAAAACACCAGGUCAGAUCCGUUCUUCGUCGGGCAUUCUCUCCAUGGUUUUCUAUACCGACAGUGCGAUAGCCAAAGAAGGCUUCUCAGCCAACUACAGUAUCUUACACAGCAGUGUCUCAGAAGAUUUCAAAUGUAUGGAACCCCUGGGCAUGGAGUCCGGAGAGAUCCACUCCGACCAGAUCAAAGCCUCUUCCCAGUACAGCACCAACUGGUCUGCCGAGCGCUCCCGCCUGAACUACCCAGAGAACGGGUGGACUCCAGGGGAAGACUCCUACCGAGAGUGGAUACAGGUGGACCUGGGCCUCCUGCGUUUUGUCACUGCUAUCGGAACCCAGGGGGCCAUUUCCAAGGAAACAAAGAAGAAAUAUUACGUCAAGACUUACAGAGUGGACAUCAGCUCCAACGAGGAUGACUGGAUCACCAUAAAAGAAGGCAAUAAACCUGUGAUCUUUCAGGGAAACACCAACCCCACAGAUGUUGCUUUUGGCAAUUUUCCCAAACCACUGAUAACUCGAUUUAUCCGGAUCAGACCUGUGACUUGGGAAACUGGCAUAUCUAUGAGAUUUGAAGUCUAUGGCUGCAAGAUAACAGACUACCCGUGCUCCGGAAUGCUGGGCAUCGUGUCCGGACUCAUCUCCGACUCCCAGAUCACGGCAUCCAACCAAGGGGACAGGAACUGGAUGCCGGAGAACGUCCGCCUGAUAAGCAGCCGCUCCGGCUGGGUCCUGCCCCCCGCCCCGCACCCCUACAACAAUGAGUGGCUGCAGGUGGACCUGGGCGAGGAGACCAUGGUGAGGGGCGUCAUCAUCCAGGGCGGGAAGCACCGGGAGAACAAGGUGUACAUGAGGAAGUUCAAGGUCGGGUACAGCAACAACGGCUCCGACUGGAAGAUGAUCAUGGACGACAGCAGACGUAAGGCCAAGUCUUUUGAAGGCAACAACAAUUAUGACACACCUGAGCUACGGACAUUUCCACCUAUUUCUACGCGACUCAUCCGGAUCUACCCCGAGAGAGCCACUCACGGCGGCCUAGGGCUGCGGAUGGAGCUGCUGGGCUGUGAUGUGGAAGCGCCGACAGCUGGACCCACCACUCCCAAUGGGAACCCAGUGGACGAAUGUGACGACGACCAGGCCAACUGCCACAGCGGAACAGGUGGAACCACUGUGCUGACCACAGAAAAGCCAACGAUCAUAGACAGUACAAUACAAUCAGAGUUUCCAACAUAUGGCUUUAACUGUGAGUUUGGCUGGGGCUCUCACAAGACGUUCUGUCACUGGGAACACGACAGCCAGGUGCAGCUCAAGUGGAGUGUGCUGACCAGCAAGACGGGCCCCAUCCAGGACCACACAGCAGGAGAUGGCAACUUCAUCUACUCCCAAGCUGACGAAAAUCAGAAGGGCAAGGUGGCCCGCCUGGUGAGCCCUGUGGUUUAUUCCCAGAACUCUGCCCACUGCAUGACCUUCUGGUACCACAUGUCUGGGUCCCACGUCGGCACCCUGAGAGUCAAACUGCGCUACCAGAAGCCAGAGGAGUACGACCAGCUGGUCUGGAUGGCCAUCGGACACCAAGGCGACCACUGGAAGGAAGGGCGUGUCUUGCUCCACAAGUCUCUGAAGCUUUACCAGGUGAUUUUCGAGGGCGAAAUCGGAAAAGGAAACCUUGGUGGGAUUGCAGUGGACGACAUUAGUAUCAAUAACCACAUUUCUCAAGAAGACUGUGCGAAACCAGAUGACCUGGAUAAAAAGAAUACGGAAACUAAAAUCGAUGAAACAGGGAGCACCCCAGGAUACCAGGGCGAGGGAGAAGGCGACAAGAACAUCUCCCGGAAGCCAGGCAACGUGCUGAAGACCUUGGACCCUAUCCUCAUCACCAUCAUCGCCAUGAGUGCCCUGGGGGUCCUGCUGGGGGCCGUGUGUGGGGUCGUGCUCUACUGUGCCUGCUGGCACAACGGGAUGUCCGAGAGAAACCUGUCUGCCCUGGAGAACUACAACUUCGAACUCGUGGACGGCGUGAAGUUGAAAAAGGACAAACUGAACACACAGAGCUCCUAUUCGGAAGCAUGAAGCCGGGCGGAGGAGGGAAGUGGAGGACGUGACGGAGCGAGCGGGGGACGGUCAUCCGCUCUCGUGGACAGGCUGGACAGUGCGGUGAUGACACUGAGCCAGGCUUUUCUCAGGAGCUUCGAUGCGCGCGGCCGACAGACGGGGACGGUGAGCUGUGCUGGCGAUCGCAGUCAAGUACAGUCGGCUUCUUCUGUUGGUUCCUUUUGAAUAAUCAGAUGCCGGUGUUGCGACCAAGCGUGACGGACUUGAGCGACUCAUUUCCACUCUCCCUGCCUCGCCCCUUCCCCCUCUCCCUCUGAUGGCUUCUUUUUGGAAACUGCAGAAUCCAAGAUGCUGGCGCCAAGUGUAUUCCGAGGGGUCCCUCCGGUGGACAUUCAUUCAACUGGUCGCCAGUGCCCAGAAUAUCUCAGCCUCGCCGCCCUCAGCGGACUCCCAAAGUCAGUCCCGUGCGUAAUCACCCACGCGUGCAGAGAAGAAGGAUCGGGUGUUUUAUUUUCAAAGCACUGUAGCCUCCAUACCGAUACCGCACGUCAGCUCUGUUUAUGAAGCAAUACCGUCCCAUUUUCUUGAUGUUCUCCAGUGUUUUACUAAACCCCGUGCUUGUGAACGCCAUACAGGAAACGGUGCCGUCACCAAACUCCGCGGGCAACUGACUGGGUGUACUGCUGACGACCAGGACAGAAACCCUUGGCACUGGCUCUCUGUGUCCUCUCAAGUGCCUUUUCGUUUGUACUGGUUCAUUGUGUGACAUUGGCGACCCACGCUGUUUCCUGCCGGGGAAGGCCCUCCUCUUUCACGGAACCCUGGUGACCCACUGACUAGGAAGAAAGUAUAUUUUAGUGCGAGACGUCAGCCCCCAGGAAGGCAAGGGCUUGAAGACUUGGCACCGUGGCUUAAUCGUUCUGCUUUUUCUGUGGUUCAAUUCCAUGUCUCUUGACCCUUUUGUAUAAAGCUGCAAUAUUCUCUCCUGUCGUUCUUUCAUAUGGAAUGUAUUUUCA